AUGAGUCCCCACGCAGACCUGGUGAGCCACCUGCGGGCAGCCUGGCUCUCGGGGAAGACGCGGCCCAUGGAGUACCGCGUGGCCCAGCUGGAGGCCCUGGGUCGUUUCUUGGACGAGAACAAGCAAGACAUCCUGAAGGCCACCGCUUUGGACAUGCGCAAGCCGCCCUUUGAAGUGGAGCUCUCCGAGAUCUUCAUUUGCAGGAGCGAGCUCAACCACACGCUCAACCACCUGGGCACCUGGAUGAAGGAUGAGCACGUGGAGAAGAACUGGGUGACGCAGCUGGACUCAGCCUUCAUCCGCAAGGACCCAUACGGGGUGGUGCUCAUCAUCGGGCCCUGGAACUACCCCAUUAACCUCCUCCUGGUGCCCCUCAUUGGGGCCAUCGCUGCCGGUAACUGCGUUGUCAUGAAACCCUCUGAAAUCAGCAGAAACGUGGAGAGGUUAGUGGCCGAGAUGCUGCCCAGGUACUUGGACAAGGACUGCUUUGCCGUGGUGACCGCCGGUGUGGAGGAGACCACCAGACUGCUGGAGAACAAGUUCGACUACAUCUUCUUCACCGGCAGCCCCUCUGUGGGGAAGAUCGUGAUGGCAGCUGCUGCCAAGCACCUGACGCCCGUGACGCUGGAGCUGGGGGGCAAGAACCCCUGCUACGUGUCCGACACCUGCGAUGUGCAGAACGUGGCCCGGCGGGUGGCCUGGGGCCGCUUCUUCAACGCGGGGCAGACCUGCGUGGCACCCGACUACGUGCUGUGCAGUGCUGAGAUGCAGGAGAAGCUGCUGCCCGCCCUGCGCGAGGCCAUCGCCGAGUUUUACGGCUCCAACCCCCAGGAAUCCCCUGACUUCGCCCGCAUUGUGGGGGACAAGCAGUUCCAGCGGGUGCAAGCGCUGCUGCGCAGCGGGCGUGUGGUCAUCGGAGGACAGAUGGAUGCACAGGCCCGUUACAUCGCCCCCACGGUGCUGGUGGACGUGCAGCAGGACGACCCCAUCAUGCAGGAAGAGAUCUUUGGGCCCAUCCUGCCCAUCCUCACGGUGGCCAGCGUGGAUGAUGCCAUUGCCUUCAUCAAUGCCCAGGAGCGACCACUGGCCCUCUAUGUCUUCUCCUCCUGCAAGAAGGUGGUGAACCGGGUGCUAGAGCGGACAAGCAGCGGUGGCUUCUGCGCCAACGACACCAUCAUGCACAUGACGCUCACCUCACUGCCCUUUGGCGGCAUUGGGCAGAGCGGCCUGGGCCGCUACCAC